AUGGGAGGAAAGCCUCGUAUCCGGCCUGAGAGUGACCUUUUGAUGUUUAUUUCUGUCUACAUUCAUCAAGACGAGCCGCGUGCCCUGCGUAAUCUUUUUGCUGACCAGGCACGUGGCGAUUUGCAACAAGAAAGCACACAAGAUUAUCAGAUGAGGAUUCUAGAAGGUAUCCAACGCAUGCAGACGUGGGACUGGGGCGACACGUCUGAAAUACUCACGGAAAUUGCCUUCCGCACUGCGCGCGAUUGUACCAAUAUCUGGUUGAUAAGCAAGUCUCAGGAGCCGGAGGGCAUGUUACGUGUAGUUCCUCAGCUUACUCAUUAG